GUUUAUGUGUCCUUUUAUUAGAAGAUGUUCCAUAACCUUUAAUAGUGUUUUUAUUGGUUAUCAUUGUUUGUUCGUUAUAAAAUAAAUUUAAAAAUGCAAAAGUUACAAGACAGUGUUUUCUCAAUUAUUAAGACGAUCAAUCUUUCGCCUGCUGUGUUUAGUUUUUUGCAGCCAACGGAAGAUUCUACGGAUAUCACCCCUCUUGGUGGAAUUUUGAAAGAUACGAAACUUGGAUGGCUUGCACUUGGGCCUAAGUUUUGUGUAGUUGACCUAAAAAGCGGAUUAAAAGUGGCCGCGCGAACUUUCGGCACUGGAGUGAGUAACAGCCGUAUCACAGUGUCAAAUGUAGUAGAGCUGCCAACACCUUUAACAGAGAACUCUCAUCAACUAGUCAUCAGUUUGGACUAUGAUAACAUCACUGGCAUGAUAUGCAUUCUACAUGUUAAUGGUUCACAAUUACUUCAUUGCAUACACACUGAUGUUGUGCUCACAAAACUUGCUGUUUGUGAUGGAACGCCGGAUGGACCGUUUGCGGCAUUUGAUAAUAUUGUUGCAGCAGGGACCAAGAGGGGAGAGAUCUUGAUAUUUGACCUCAAUAGAGCUUCUUUGAUUAAAGCAUUAAAAGACAUUUCUCAAGGUUAUGAGCACUUGGUACUAAAUGAAGAGAAUGCAGCCAACAUUAAGUUUUUACCAUUAAAAGAAUUACACAAAAUUGAUGAACAAAGAGAAUUGGCAUUAGAGAAUGAAGAUCACUUGGGAUUCAUAUUAAAUGAAGACUCAUCAUUUGACGGACAAUAUAUCUUCCGAAAUCCUGAUGGUACAGUACGAAUGAAAGCCAAGAGAGAUCAUAUUAGAGUGACCAGUUUGCAAUAUAUACCGGAAAUAGGAAGUUUAGCAGUUGGCUUUAACUUUGGAGCUUUUCAAAUAUGGAAUCUUUUAACUUUGGACCUGGAAUUCACAUCGCAAGUUAAUGUUGAGUGUUUGCCUGUCACUCAUUUUGGAUUUCAGGAGCCUUGUGAUGAUCCUAAAGCAUUUUGUUACCUCUGGGUUGUUUUCUCAGUGAUAGAUAGAUUUGAAGAAGAAGAAUUUCCACUGGCUGUGAUGUAUUCAUUGUCAUAUCAAGGCAAAAGGAUAUUGACAGAGUCGAAAUGCUUGUAUCAAGAUUUCUCAUCAGCGACAAUAAGAUUCCAAAUAGAACUGAAUGGGUCUGAGGAAUCCAACUCUCUGAUAGGUGGAAGGUGUAUAUCAUGCCACACUUACACCAUCAGCUCACCUCUGGGUGAAGAAGGUGAAGAUAGUAUGCUCAACAUUUGCCAGUUGGUGUGGGAGUGCUGGGGUGAGGAGGGAGCGGAGACAACUCAGUACGGCAUGAUGCUGUUUGACUUAGAUCAGUGGUACAAAGAUCAAAUGCCUGCUACCUACCAAUUGGAGAGUAAUGCCUUCAUGAGCGUGUUACGUCCAGCUGCGGUGGGUGAAGGUUGCGGCCCUGCGUUAGACGCCCGUCUAGUUGUCACCUCCGUUGCACCAUACUCACAUGCUACGAGACUUGAAGAACAUUUCUACCCAAAUUCAUUGCAGUAUAACUGUAUUUGCCUGAAUACAUCAGAAGCUACAAUACUCGGGACAGUAGGUGUACAGCGUCAGAUCAUAAACUCAAUAGACGAGGCGGGUCCUACUGUAUUACUGUCUCCGGGUAGACUGUACCAUGCGUGUGUUACAGCUGGUCUGACACCGCUAUAUGUACCAUAUAGCCAUGGCUACGGUAGGAAUGUUACUCAGGAAGAGCAACGCAGGUUUCUCCUGUCAGUGGCACUAGAGGCUCGUCUCACUCGUUUCUUGAAGCGCUGUGCACAUGACUGGGCCACUGGCACACACACUGGAUUGGGAUGUACCCUUAGUUUUCUGGUGGAGUGGUGUUGGAAAAGAGCUUUAGAACUAAAAGAAAAUGCGAAAGAGUUGGUAGCUCCGUUAUUUACUUCGACAAUAUUGCCUGAUAGGAAUAUAAUGAGAUGUCUAGAACAUUGCGUACAACAGCUGACGCAGUUGACAGGACUUUUAGACGCCAUUUUGACUAAAUGCUGUAACUUGGUUGUACCUGAUGCUCUUAGUGAAAUGGAGGAGAAAUACAAAGGCAUAGGCAUAGUGUCUCUAUAUUUCCAAGUGGUGCAGUGGUUCUUACGCGUUGGUCUGUUGCCGGAGCGACAUGACGGAUACGAAGCUUUACCUUAUCCCGCACACCAGUUGUAUAAUAUAUACAAGAAGAGACGUCUAAAGUUACAUCGGUUACAAGAGAAUGCGCCGCAGGAGGCUGAAGCUGGACACAGAUCUUGUUCAUUACUCUACAUUGAUCAGCUCAUUGAAAAUGAAUUUGGUGGCCACAGGACCCACGAGAUGUGGAUGAAGGGUGGCAGUGAGUGCGAAGGUGUGUACCCACCACCCUCCCUGUACUCUCUGCUGCGUCUCUACUUGCUGCCCGAUGUUGCUGAGGAGCACAAACAUUCCCUUGUCUUAUAUCUUUUAUUGGAUUAUUGCACCGUUUACGAUGAGAUAAGAUAUGAAGCAGUGAUCAGAAGAUUGAUGCAAUUUCCUACUAUGUUUGGUUUGAGUAAUACAGCUAUUAAAGCGACGCAGGCAUUUUGGCAUCUAGACCAUAGAGAUUUUGACUUCGCAUUAGAUCAACUUCAAUGCCUGACUGGCAACACUCUAUCAGACUGGCAACAUCGAGUCGUUCUAUCCUCUUUGCUAGCUCAGAAAAAAACACAAGCAGCACUACAAUACUUACAUGUUCGGAAACCAGCUCCAAUACAGAGUCCUAUAAGAAAAGAUGGCAUCUCCAAAGUCAAUGACCAUGAUAAAUUAGAUGAUUGGCAAUCUUGUUGUAAUUUAUAUCUAGCUAGAGGUCUGGUAUUUGAAGCCAUUGAUGUGAUAAGAAUGUGCGUAAGAAAUGCGGCAACCUCGGAAGAAAAAGUUCGUGUAUUGAAUUUCUUUUAUAAAGGGUGUCGCAACACAGGCCAGCUCUCCAAAGUACUUCAAGUGACGUUAUUGCCCGGAGAAGAGGAAGUCUUUAUAAAGUAUCUCAAAGACUGCAACGACACCCAAACCUCUGACAUACUUAUUAUGUACUAUUUGCAACAAGCAAGGUACUUGGAAGCAGAAGAAUACAACAACAAAUUAAAAGACCAGCGCAGUCGCAAGGAGCUGUCCACAUCGGCGGAGUCGCUCGCGGAGCUAGUGGAGCGGUGCAACACGCGCGACACGCUGCUGAGCGCCGCGUGCGCCGCGCUGCCCGCCAUCGCCUGCCGCGUCGCCACCACUGCCACCACUGCCACCACUGCCACACGGCAUCUGGAGCCACACGGUAUGAUAGUUGUUACAACAACAAGCAAGGAGCUGUCCACAUCGGCGGAGUCGCUCGCGGAGCUAGUGGAGCGGUGCAACACGCGCGACACGCUGCUGAGCGCCGCGUGCGCCGCGCUGCCCGCCAUCGCCUGCCGCGUCGCCACCACUGCCACCACUGCCACCACUGCCACACGGCAUCUGGAGCCACACGGUAUGAUAGUUGUUACAACAACAAGCAAGGAGCUGUCCACAUCGGCGGAGUCGCUCGCGGAGCUAGUGGAGCGGUGCAACACGCGCGACACGCUGCUGAGCGCCGCGUGCGCCGCGCUGCCCGCCAUCGCCUGCCGCGUCGCCACCACUGCCACCACUGCCACCACUGCCACACGGCAUCUGGAGCCACACGGUAUGAUAGUUGUUACAACAACAAGCAAGGAGCUGUCCACAUCGGCGGAGUCGCUCGCGGAGCUAGUGGAGCGGUGCAACACGCGCGACACGCUGCUGAGCGCCGCGUGCGCCGCGCUGCCCGCCAUCGCCUGCCGCGUCGCCACCACUGCCACCACUGCCACCACUGCCACACGGCAUCUGGAGCCACACGGUAUGAUAGUUGUUACAACAACAAGCAAGGAGCUGUCCACAUCGGCGGAGUCGCUCGCGGAGCUAGUGGAGCGGUGCAACACGCGCGACACGCUGCUGAGCGCCGCGUGCGCCGCGCUGCCCGCCAUCGCCUGCCGCGUCGCCACCACUGCCACCACUGCCACCACUGCCACCACUGCCACACGGCAUCUGGAGCCACACGGUAUGAUAGUUGUUACAACAACAAGCAAGGAGCUGUCCACAUCGGCGGAGUCGCUCGCGGAGCUAGUGGAGCGGUGCAACACGCGCGACACGCUGCUGAGCGCCGCGUGCGCCGCGCUGCCCGCCAUCGCCUGCCGCGUCGCCACCACUGCCACCACUGCCACCACUGCCACACGGCAUCUGGAGCCACACGGUAUGAUAGUUGUUACAACAACAAGCAAGGAGCUGUCCACAUCGGCGGAGUCGCUCGCGGAGCUAGUGGAGCGGUGCAACACGCGCGACACGCUGCUGAGCGCCGCGUGCGCCGCGCUGCCCGCCAUCGCCUGCCGCGUCGCCACCACUGCCACCACUGCCACCACUGCCACACGGCAUCUGGAGCCACACGGUAUGAUAGUUGUUACAACAACAAGCAAGGAGCUGUCCACAUCGGCGGAGUCGCUCGCGGAGCUAGUGGAGCGGUGCAACACGCGCGACACGCUGCUGAGCGCCGCGUGCGCCGCGCUGCCCGCCAUCGCCUGCCGCGUCGCCACCACUGCCACCACUGCCACCACUGCCACACGGCAUCUGGAGCCACACGUUACUCCAAAGCCAAUGUCGGUCUAUGUGCAAGUGACAUCUCCGAAGAACACUUUCACAUACAAAUCAACAUUUAUUCAGGAUACAAUUGAAAAUGCAAGCGAAACUUGGACCAGCAGGCCUAAAAGUAGGAAAGGUCUCAAACGUGUCUUGGAGAUUGAAGAAACGCCAUUUAUUUGCACACCCAAAUUAAAUCGGACUAAGAGUUUAUUCCUGAGCGGUCAAAGUUUGGGUGACGUGACACCGGCUAAGCGUACCAAGUUGGAGGCGACCAGUCCGAAGACCCCUAAGCCCGGUACAUACAAGGCCAGCGCGGAGCUCAGCGAGCAAAUGGCCACGUUACUAGACAUGCCUGAAGCACAGAGCCCGUAUAGAUAUCACGAGAGGAGUGAAGCCGGGACUCCACAUAGUAUACUUAAGACUCAAAGGCUAGAAGGUCUGGAGAGAGAAGUACCCGCCUCGCCCGUGGAUUCCCGCUACCUAUGUGACAGUGGCGACGAACUGCUAGAGACUGCCAGCAAUAAGACCAACUACAGCGACUCCAAACACUUAAGGUUCCAUAUGCCAUCAGCAUCAGAGUCAGGUUCAAGUCCCUCCCCACCAGUGCCUGUGCCUGUACGUCCGCAGACAGACAAACAAUCUGAAAAUGGAGAUGAUACUGAGAGCGAAAUAUCGAUGGAAUCGCCACCAAAGAAAUUAGCAACCGAAGGUAAACCUCAAGCACGGAAGUCAUACAAAGAUAAUGUACGAGCCAGACGGUCUUUAUCAAUAUCAGUAAAUAGCAGUUUAUCAGAUGAUCCGAACGCAUCUAUAGAGAGCAUAGCUGAUAUACCUAUCACAUUAAUCAAUCCGCGAUACUCGAACAAGGGUAGACAGAAGUCACAGUCACCCAAACAAGAUAAAUGUAUGGAGGUGGAUGACUUUGUAUGUGAACUGAGACCAAUGAAUGAAACUCCCAGAGGUAGAAGAAGUAGAGAGAUCAGUGGUCAAAGUACACCAUUGAUUCAUAGGAGCAGAUCGGUUACACCAGAGAGACUAGAUUCACCCGUGUUGAAAACUUUACAAACAAACAGAUCUACAAGAAGUCGUUCCCGCACUCCGGAAAUGAGUCCCGGAUCGCUGGAGCCGAUCCCGGAACAACCCCGACAGGAAAGAGACAGCGACCCCCACCCUGCUAAAACUACUCUCAGUAUACCUAGACGACUCAGAAGUAGAUCUCGUACACCGGAACUUUUGGAAAGUAGGGUAGUUGAAUCACCAAAGCUGACAGCCAUCUCCGAGUCACCUGCAAAGUCCUACGAGUCUCCAGCGUCUUCGCCUACAAAACGUACUUCUAGAAGUAGAUCACACACCCCCGAGCCAAAUAAGCGUAGUGUUGUGGAGGCGCUCAAACUGGAGCCCAUCACCGAAACAUCGGGAAAAUCUCCCUACAAUGAUUCACCCACUUCAUCACCUACACGACGUGGUCUGAGAAGUCGCUCUCGUACGCCUGAUAUAGAGAGAAUACCAGAACAAAUAAGCAGUCCUAGAAGUUUAAGAAGUCGCUCUCGUACACCAGAAGUGGAAAAACUUCCAGAACAAACAGACAGCCCGCGAAGUUUAAGAAGCCGGUCUCGUACUCCUGAUGUAGAGAAAUUACCUGAACAACCAAUUUUGUCAAGUCCUCGCAGUUUAAGAAGCCGUUCGAAGACACCAGAAAAAUUAUUAUCACCUAAAAAAGAUAUUGCAAGUAAAGGAAGAAAACCACUUUCGCGACUUGUUCUUGAAGCAAAUGCUUUCGCUAAAACAAAGCAAAUGGGCGAAUCAUCCGACGUCCAAACUAAAGAAUCAACUACUGAACAAUCUGAAUCUAUUAUCGAAUGUACACCUUUAAAAGCUAGCAACACUAAAAGCUUAAUAGACGUUACAUUUUCACCCAUAGUAAACAAAUCAAUAUUACAAAGUUCCACAGAAAGCUUUUCAAUAACUGAAAAAGUAAUACAAAUCAAUGAAUCCAGUUCGAGUACUGAUUUGAAACCUUUACCGGCUUUCACCACUCUACAUGAGGUUUACUUCGAAAAGUCAGUCUUGCAAACUGACGAAAGCAGUAUUAUACAAUCAUCUUUACAAGAAGAUUCACAAAAGUCAACUGAAGCUAGUGUUCCCGAUGUUGAAAUGAACGCAUUACCUCAAUUCACGCCUAUCAAUGAAAGUGAUUUUAACAAAUCUGUAUUAAAAAGUGGUGACAGCAGUGUCGCUGGUAAUGAAAACAAACCAACUGAUGUACCAAAAGCUAUUGCAUUUACAACGUUUAAUGAAGCUGAAUUUGAUAAUUCAGUACUCAAAAGUCAUCUUUCAAGCGUUGAAAUAUCUCAUGAAAGCAAUGCAAAUGAGGAAGGAAAAUCGUACAGAGAUAUAUCGAGUCUAAUGACGAGUGAUAGUGAUAUUGAAAUGGUAGACGAUCAGAAAUGGAAAUACAAAAUCGAUAAUGAGAACAAAGAUAGCGUUAUUCAAAAAGAGAAAGAGAAAAUAGUUGAAAUUGAGAGAGAAAUUAAUGAGAUUGAAGAAGACAUAGCAGAAGGAGAUAACAGUAGCGAUGAAGAAAAUGCAGAAGACAGUAGUGGUGAAGAUAAUGUUGAAAACGAAGACAGCAGUGAUGAAGAAAUCAUUGAAGGCGAAAACAAAGAAGAAUCUUCAGAAAGCGAGGAAGCUGACGAUGAGGUAUCAGUCUCUGAUAGCAGCGAUGAAGUUAUUUGUCUCGAUGAUGAUUCCGACUCCAAUCUCACUGACGUUAAUCAACAGGCUGACAAACAGACCUCAGAAGUCAUUCCACAAACAAAUCAAACUGAAACACAAACUGAAAAAAUAGAUGUAGUUGAAAAUAAAACUAACACAGAUGUAGUCAGCGUUGAAACUGAAAAAGCUACUGAUGAACCAAAAAUUGAAGUUUGUGAAGAAAAACCACAAGAGAUUCAUACUGAAAGAAUUAUUGAAGUUAAAAUUGAUCAAGACAUUGUAAUGAAAGACCCAGAAAAUGUGCAAGAACAAUCAAUAGAUGUUUUGAAUCAAGCUAACUUUUCGUUAUUAACUGAUGAUAACUCUGAUGUUAACCUCACUUAUUCAGAUGAUAGUAAUCAUAAAGAAAUUGUUCCAGCUCAACCUAUAGUGGAAGUUGAAGUAAUGGUUGAAAAAAUAGCGCCUACAGAAACAGAAAAGAAUGAAAUUGUAACUUCUAACAUUCAGGACAUGGAUGUUGUUGAUUUUUGUCAACCAAUUGCAACUGAACCAGCUCUUAUAGAAGAGGUUAUUACACAAGAAAGUAAUGAAGAAAGCGAAAUAAAAGCAGAAUCUGCAGCUAUUAAAGAGCCAAAAGAUAUUUUUGCUGAAAAUACUCUUGAAAACACUCCUGCUAUAUUGGAAACUGAAAGUGUACACAAAGAUACAGUAGAAAAUAUGGAAGUUAUUACUACACCAGAAAAUAUAACUGAAAAUGUUAAGACUGAUAUAACAGAAAUUUCUGAAAUAAAAGUCAGUGAUGCAAAGGAAAUUCUGCAAAGUUCAGAAGCGCCCUCUAAAAUGGAGACGGUUUCCUCGGAGGACAACACAGAAGAUAAAACAAAUAUGGGAGAUCAAAUUUCUACAAAAGAUUCUUCCGUUGCUAUGGAAACAGAUAAGAGUGAAGAAGAAAUUAAAAAGACAAAAGCACCUGCAACAAGAAAACGUACUCAAUCAACAUCAUCAAAUAAAUCCAAUCAAGAAAUUGAACAAGAAAUACCUGAAAAUGUAACUUUAGAAGCAACAACUCCAUCGAAAAGAGUUUCUAAAUCACCAAUGCCUAAAUCUAGAGUUAUGCCUAAACGACGUUCAUCCAAAGAUAUUGCAGAUGAUAUAGACGAAAGUGUUACUGAUGAAACUCUAACACCAAGAAGAAGAUCAACUCGUUCUAGAAGUAAGAAUUUAGAUGAUAAUUCUAGCGUUGCGUCAGAAUCUUCAGUGAAAUCAAGUAGCAGCAAGAUAGAAGAACCUACUGAUAAAAAGCCUGUAGCGAGAAAAGGACGGAAAUCAAUUUUGAACACAAAGACAGAAUUGAGCGUUAUACCAGAAGUGGAAGAUAAUAGUCAGAAAAUAGAAGAGAGUAACCAAGAUAUUCUUAGUGAAAUAUUAACAACUGAAAGACUAACGCGUAAUCAAAAAGCGAUGUUAGAAUCGAAACUGCGUCCGAGCACACCGCGUAGUCGCCGCGCGAGCGCCGCGUCUAAAUCUGAAGCUUCAAUAGACGAGGACAACACUCCAGACAUACACACCAUAGAUCGUGUACAACUAUUAGACAAAGAAACAUUUGAUGGGCGAGCUGACGACGAGGAAUUCCCGCGAGCGAGUCCCACACUAUCGGAUACGAUUAAACCUCGACCGCGCACGGCACGGUCCGCUUCGGAAACGGAAACUCAAGCCAAAGCUAAGAAAAUCACUCGCAGAACAUCCGUUGACGUCACACUGGACGCAAGCCCGGUGCGAGGACGUCGCGCCUCAUUCAACCGCGCGUGUGAAGCGUUACACACGCCCAAAGGUCGGCGGCCCUCCGUCGAUACUAAGAAAUCAGAGACGGAGGGCAUAUCACCGGAGCAUGCGGAGACUACGCCCCGGAGACGUGCGCGGCGCUCCUCACAACACUCUGAAGCCACGCCUACAUCAGAACUCGGCAAAAGAUCUAGAAGAACAGCUGCUGAUAAAUCUAAGGAGUCAGCGGAUUAACCAACUUUUGUUAGUCGAUAAUUUUUUUAAGGACCCAGUGAAUGAUCGAUACAGCAUUUAUC